AUGACGACGAGUCGCCUUCAACGGCUGGCCAUCCCUCUCGAUGGCACCUUUGCCGUCUGCCAUUCACUAUGGGACUCCGCUGAUGCGCAGCUUACCACCUGCGCGAGGCCAUAUGUCUCCUGUGUCCCUGCUAUUGUGAUUGCAACUAUCCUGAUCAACACAAUUUCCACCCGGUUCUUCUAUCAAUGGCGUCCGAAGUGGUGCCGGCCUUUCGUUUCAGAAAAAUCAGAGGAAUAUCUGGAGCUGGCCCCAGCGGGCGCAACUCAGCCGCCUGUCGGGGCCAUUCUUCUUUUCGCUUUCUCCGUCCUGGGAUGUCUCUCAGAAGCUGCUCAAUUGAUCCCUCCGGGUAUUGAUCUCUCUGCUGUGGCUCCCCUCGUGUCAUGGGUAAGAUUUGUCCGACUCCGUCAACCGUCCGGCGGGCAUUCGGCUGAGUGA